AGGAAAGGCACCGAUCCAUUAGGGUUUUACACUUAUAAUCCGAUGUUGGUUUACACUUAGCAGUGCAACAACAAUCGGCGGUGGCAAUCGAAAUCGGUGAAAAUGGUUGCGAUGAGGUUUCACCAGUACCAGGUGGUGGGAAGGGCUCUUCCUACCUUAACCGAUGAACAUCCCAAGAUCUACCGCAUGAAACUAUGGGCCACCAACGAGGUCCGUGCCAAAUCCAAGUUCUGGUAUUUCUUGAGAAAGUUAAAGAAGGUCAAGAAAAGCAACGGGCAAGUGCUAGCCAUCAAUGAGAUUUUUGAGAAAAAUCCUACUAAGAUUAAGAACUACGGAAUUUGGCUGCGUUAUCAGAGUCGUACUGGUUAUCACAAUAUGUACAAGGAAUACCGAGAUACUACUCUAAAUGGUGCUAUUGAAUAUUUGUACAAUGAAAUGGCAUCUCGUCAUAGGGUGAGGCAGCCAUGCAUUCAGAUAAUUAAGACUGCCACAAUCCCAGCUAAGCUGUGCAAAAGGGAGAGCACCAAGCAGUUCCACAAUUCUAAAAUCAAGUUCCCAUUGGUGUUCAAGAAGAUUAGGCCCCCAACUAGGAAGCUGAAGACAACAUACAAGGCUUCUAGGCCAAACCUGUUUAAGUGAUUCAGUUGAUGGGACUUCCAUGAUUCUCAUUUUGGAGCCGUUGAUUCAUUAGUAGUAUACAUAGGAAGAGUGUAGAGAAGGUGAUCGUGUAGGUGGCAAACAUCAUUACCGCAGCCACAGUUUGCAUUCUUUCAUGCUCUCAAGAUUUUGUUUUUGGAAGAUGGUGAUUAUUUAGUUUUAUCUUUUUGCAGAGUCUUCUAUUUUACUCAUUCUGGUGUAUUUGUUCCAAGGUUGUUUUUGAAUUUAGUGGUUACUUUUUUGUUUCGAUUCUGGGUUUAUCAUUUGUUAUUUGAUAUUUUCUCUCUGA